AUGUAUCUGGCCAGGCAGGCUAUGGAUAAGAUCAAGGUGCCAGGUGGGCUGCCGUCUUAUAUGGGAAUCCAGCAGGGAAGAAAUGAGGAUUUUGGAGCGUUUCUAGAUAAGGGCAGGAUAAAGGCACAGGCUGAGGCUUCCCAGAAUCAAGUGUUAGCAGCUCUUGCACCCUUACAAGCGUCUGCGGUAACCAGUGCAGGCCCAAGCACCUCUUUUAAAUGUUUCCGGUGCGGCGUUAAAGGACAUUUGCGACGGAAUUGCCAAGCUGUCGGUGUGUGGUGCCAGAACUGCCGCUCGGACAACCACAACACCGUCACCUGCCGUCGCCGGUCAAGAAACCUCCAGCCCAGCGCAAGAAAGAACAGCGGCCGCGCUCCGAUACAAGCUGCCGUUCCCAGCCAGCGGCCGCCUGCCCCCCCGCACACGUCUCUCGCCGCGUUGUCGGUCUCUACGGCCCCCCCGCCCUCUGCUUCGCCCACGUCGUUCUCUGCGCCUCGCCGUGCCGCCCCCCCCUCGUCGUGCGCGGCUGCGUCUGUGCAGCCCGUGUAUAACGUGGUUAAAGACGCGGAUGGACCGAAACCAGAGGAUCGUUGUGACCCAGGUCCUGUAGAUCCAGAAAGCGAAUCGGACGCAUUUUCUCUUGAUACUUUGUUUGGAGCAGGAAUGACAAAUUUCCCUACAGCGUACUGUGAUGUCUUAGAACAAGGCAGAAAAGAAACAAUAUUAAGAGGUGAUGCUGACACGUUGCAAACCUUUCCUAAUCAGGUCCCCCAUUUGGAAUCCCUGCCUUGUGAGGCAGUGAAGGAGCUAAGGGAGUCAGUGAGAACAUACGGAGUUCAGUCAGCCUUUACAUACAAUCUUUUGGUUGCAAACAGUGACAGUUGCGCUAUGACCCCUCACGAUUGGAAAACUGUGUUAAGAAUGAUCCUCUCUGCUAUGCAAUACGCUGUGUUUAUGAUUGAAUACCGGCUACAUAAUUUGACUGAUACCUCUUUGCCUCAAAUUGGGACACAUCCAUGUGGCACAGCACCUCUUCAACUGUGUCAGACAAAUGUCACUCACAUUCCUGAAUUUGGCUGUCUAAAAUAUGCACAUAUAACAAUAGAUACUCAUUCUUCUUAUGUAUUUGCCACAGCACAUACAGGUGAACACAGUCAUGACACCCGUAAACACUGGUUAUCUGCUUAUGCUGCUAUGGGAAUCCCACAUACUACAAAAACAGAUAAUGGGCCUGCAUAUACCUCUAAGGCCACUCAAACUUUCCUCCAAGAAGGGUGUGUUAAACAUACUACAGCCAUUUCUCAUUCUCCCACUGAACAAGCUAUCACUGAUCACAUUUAUCAAACACUGAAAUCCAUUCUUAUUAUUAAACAAAAAAGGGGGAAUAUGGGAGACACACUACAAGAAAUAUUAUGCAAGGUUUUGCUUGUUUUGCUUGUGCUGAAGUUUUUGAAUCGUGUUCAUACAGAUACAGCUUAUGUGGAUCAUCAUUUUGAGGCUUCCCCAGUGCAAAGGAACAGCCUAUGGUUAUGUUUGAGUAUUGUCAAUCGAGGCCUUGAUUGA